AUGCAGAACUAUAGGGCAAUUGCAUUGCUUACUCUCCUUCUCCAUGGCUUAUCAGUAUAUGCCGAUCCAUCACUCGCCAGUAAUCUCGACGUCCCUUUGAGACUACGAAAACUGGACCGACCUUUGAUACAACGACGCACCUCAGUCGACUUUUUAAACCACGACAACAACACAGAAACCAAGACAAACAUUAUAACCAUCCCAGCCAAGAAACUUCUUGCCCGAGACGAUUCCACUUCUGUACCUACUUUCGACGAAACAGUAUUCAACCAAAGCGCCACAACCGCAUGCACGAAUGCCGUCGCCAACUACGCAGAAGCAAUCAACCCCAGCGGCCUUGUAGCAUGCUACAACAUUGCCAUUUUUGACAACGCCACGGGCGUCUUUCAGACGGAUGUACGUUUAUAUCAGAAAUCGGCUGCUACGGGCUCGUUUGGGGGGUUGGUUCCGUCUGAUCUUUCCAUGUCAUUCUCAAUUGCGCAGGCGACGCUUUCGAAUCCGGUGCUUAUGGCUACGAAUGGAUCGAUAACCACCAGCACUCCAGUCAGUGGUCAACUUGUGAUGGGAUUCCAGAAUAUUGGGCAAUUGAGUAAGAGUUUAACUUUCUCAAAGCUCAGCGUUGACGAUCUCCGCAUUCUUAUGAUCCCAUCAAUCUCUCUCGGCGCAACCUCCCCAGACGGAGCUACCAUCAACACAUCUCUCUCAUCUGACACUCUCUCCUACGUAGCGGGCGAGCUCGUCCAAACCAACGGCACACCGACAAACAUCACAACUCCAGAGGCAGCUUCUCUCGCAAGUCCAAUUGUUGCUGCUGCGUCUGUGUUUGUUCUUCCAGGGACGGAUAUCAAAGUUCCUCCUGUCGGCUUGAUUAUUACCUGCAUCUGGACGGGUCUGUUGCUUUUGGCUGUUGGGGGAGGGACUUAUGGGCGAUAUCAGUUUCGGGUUCAUUACAGGCAGCGAGUGCAGCGCGCGAUGGCUAGCAACAAGACUGUUCCUUACUAG